UUCCACAACACAGGGCGUUGCAACCUCUUCUUGGAGGCAUCAAUUUGGAAAAUGAACAAGUAUACUUUUUUAUAUAUCCUGUGCAUUUUGUGUAUGGUUCGUUUAGCUACACCAUUCAAAGCAGAGCGGAGUUCCCAAGACAACUUAAUCACUAGCAAAUUGCGCACCAAAAGGCAGAGUUGUCAAGAUGGCACUUACCAGCAUGAGGGAAUGGCCUGCUGUCUCUGUGCUGCUGGCCAACAUCUGAAGAGCCACUGCAGUGUGAGGCCAGAGGAUAGGACCUGUGUUUACUGUGAGGCAGACAGGACCUACAACAGUGACCCCAACUCCCUGGACUCCUGUGAGCCCUGCACUUCCUGCGACCCUAAAGUCAAUCUGGAGAUGGAGAAAAAAUGCACCAUCUUCAGGGACUCAGUAUGUCGAUGCCAGCAGGGCCACUACUGUAACAAGGGGAAGGAGCACUGCAGGGCCUGCUACCCGUGUACCACAUGCGGGGAUGAGGGCAUCAAGGUAGCCUGUAGCGCCACUAACAACACCAUAUGCCAUGCCGUCAAAGAACAAGGAGGAAGCACUUUGGCAGCAGUAGUUGUCCUGAUUGCUGUUCUUCUUGUCGCUUUGUUUGUGCCUAUUUACCUGUGGCGAAAGAAGAAAUAUUGUUUUGGGCCAAAUGGUGGUUCGACCGAACUGCCCAACCGGAGUUCAGAGGUAGCGGAGGAAAUGCAUCCACUUAGAGGUGUUGACCUCAGGCCACACCUCCCAGAAAUCGCUAACACCUUGGGGUGGAAGGACAUGAAACAGGUGGCCGAGGGCAGCGGGAUGAAACAUACCGCCAUAGAAUGCCACCAGCUGGACUUUCCCAAUGACUCCCAGCAGCAGUGCUCCAGCCUACUGAGGGCCUGGGUGGAAAAGGAGGGGAUGGCCACAGCCUCUGAGAAACUGGUCAAUACUCUACACCGCAUGAAGAAAAAGGCCAAGGCAGAGGAUAUCAAGGCUAUCAUCAGCAGCAAGGAGCAUGGCGUCACAGGGGAGAACUCAGGGUUAGAACAGGUGUAGAUACUGUAUAUACAGUAAGGUCAGUGGUACUGUCCCUGCGAGUAUUGGCGUGGUGUCUAUUUAAAAUAUAUUUUGAUUUGUUUAACACUUUUUUGGUUACUA